AUUUUGGUUUAUAAAGGAAUAUGGUCCCCCUUUUUACCCUACUUGUUUUUUUCUCCCAAUAACAACAACAACAGGCACUAAUUCUCAAAAUUUUGACUUAAUCCCUAACAGGAGAGGGAACCAAAAAAAAAAGUAUAUGCUUUCUUGAUUUUAGAUAGCCACAGAGAAAACCCGAUCUGCCUUGUAAUUAUCUAUUUUUCGCAUUCAAGACCGUGCUCCCGCUCUUCUUUUUCUUUUUUUGUGCAACUGCUCUUGUUCCACCGUCUACUAUACGAUAUCAAGCAUGUUGUGUCAAAUUGUGCUACGAAUCAUUCUCUCGGUUGUUUUCUUGAAUAUCAGCUGCCAAGCAAAAUCGGGCGCCCCCGGUGGUCCUGGCUCCAUUGUACUCGCGGAUGCAUACAAUCAAGUGGGAGCAUGGAACCGAACGUACAGUUUGCUGGAACCCCAGCAAAUUCAUUUAUCGUGGAUAAACGACGGACAUUACAGUCGUGUUCAGUUUGUCACGAUGGAGGCACCUACCACCGCUCAAUUGAAGUAUUGGCCCACAGGAUCAUCCGGCAAUGAAACUCUGAUACAGGAUAGUCAGUCGUGGGCAUUUGUGGAUGGCGGGCUGGCCAACCGCACAACUUACUAUCACAGCCUCAAUUUUGAGCCGCUUACACCAGACUCUGUGUACGAAUAUCAAGUAGGCACCAUUUCAGAAGACAAUACCACAAGCGAACAAUGGUCCGAGAUAUAUACUGUCAAAGCACCUUCAGCAAAAUCCGAUUUCAGCUUUUUGGUUGCAGCCGAUAUGGGGGUGGCCAAUGCUGUUUCUAUGGCAAAUCUUCAACGCGCGAUGGACAAGCAUGAUUUCAUUGCCAUUCUCGGCGAUCAAGGCUACGAUAUGGCGGAUUUCAACGGUACAAAGGGCGAUGAUUACAUGAACUUUGUCCAACCUAUCUAUGCCAACCUCCCGGUAUUGACAACCACCGGCAACCACGAGAGCGCUUAUAAUUUCUCGCACUACAAAAACAGAUUCAGUAUUGUUCCUUAUCAAGGAUCUGGAUUUGACAAUCCUAUGCAGUACUCCAUCGAUUACAAGGCGUUGCAUCUGAUAUCUAUCAAUACAGAAGUACUUUUCGAUGGAACUUCUGAGGAAAAGCAGACGGCGCUGAACUGGUUAGAAGCAGACCUUACCAAGGCAAACCAAAAUCGACGUUUGCGUAGUUGGAUUGUUGUGAUGGGCCAUCGUCCAUUAUACUGCACUCCCCAAGAACAUACCGAUUGCAGCCAAAAGGCCGAGUUUUUGCGUCAUGGGCCUUUUAUCGAUCCCCAGUUGAAUACGAGCCACUUCGGCGGAUUAGAAGAUCUUUUCUUGAAACACAAGGUCGACUUGUACCUGUGCGGUCAUCGUCACAAUUAUGAACGCACGUUCCCUGUAGCCAAAAAUCAACGGACAUCGACGUCUUAUGCAGAAGCACCCUCGUACUUCCAGGUGAUCUCUGGCAACUCUGGCAAUUACGAAGGUCCCGACGCCAUGAAUACAUCGUCUAUCGCUGACUGGUCGGCGUUUCGAUACAACGGCUAUGGUUUUACGUCCAUUCAAGUGAGUAAGCGUACGCUAGAACUGACACAUUGGGAGAGUAAAAUCGAUGGCACACGAGGCGAAGUGAAAGAUCGUAUCCUCGUCACAAAGAGUCGGAAAGGCUUCCAGCGUCGAGAAUGAAACUGAUAGCCCAUCCAUUACGUAUACUGUUAAAUUUUAGUACUGUACGAUAACAUAUAAUGCAUGUCCUAUUUUUCAUCAAGCUUUGAAAGGAAAAUAGAAAAAGUAUCCUAUAAAAAGAUGUCCCACAAACUAUGUUUGCAAAAACGCCAUGUUUACCCAUCGUUUUUCGCUGCAGUGAACAAAAGGUUGCGCCUUAUUUCGUAUCAAGCAAAUGGCGCCACUAAAUUUUCAAG